AUGAAGAAAAACAGAGGCCGGACAGGUCGAAGGAGAAGAAGAAAACACUUGCAGAGCUUCAUGGAUGGAGUCAACUGCAGUCAUAAGCUGGAAUACAUUAAACUUAAGAAGUGGCUGAAAGAGAGAGGAUUUGAAGACAAGAAUUUAAGGCCAGCACAGUUCUGGGAUACAGGAAGAGGACUGAUGGCAACAAAAGCUCUUCAGGCAGGGGAUCUGAUUAUUUCAUUGCCUGAGAAAUGCUUACUCACCACGGGCACUGUCCUUAGUAGCUGCUUGGGAAAAUACAUUAUGAAAUGGAAGCCUCCCGUAUCUCCUUUGAUAGCACUGUGCACGUUUUUAAUAGCGGAGAAGCAUGCUGGUGAGAAGUCACUGUGGAAGCCGUAUCUUGAUGUUUUACCCAAUACAUACACUUGUCCUGUUUCUUUGGAGCACGAUGUAGUGAGCCUUCUUCCUGAACCAUUAAGAAAGAAGGCUCAGGAGCAGAGAACGAUGGUCCAUGAGUUGUACAUGUCUUCCAAAGCUUUUUUCUCUUCCCUGCAGCCUUUGUUUGCUGAGAACACAGGGACUAUUUUUAACUACAGUGCUCUAGAGUGGGCUUGGUGCACUGUUAAUACCAGGACAAUAUACAUGAAACAUUCACAGAGGGAAUGUUUUUCUCUUGAGCCAGAUGUUUAUGCAUUGGCACCAUAUUUAGAUUUGCUAAACCACAGACCAAAUGUACAGGUAAAGGCUGCAUUUAAUGAGCAGACAAGAAGCUAUGAAAUUUGGACAAAUUCACAGUGCAAAAAAUAUGAAGAAGUAUUUAUCUGUUAUGGGCCCCAUGAUAAUCAGCGACUGCUACUGGAAUAUGGAUUUGUUGCCACUGAUAACCCUCACAGCAGUGUUUAUGUCUCAUCAGAUACUCUCCUCAGAUAUUUUCCACCACUGGACAAGCAGAGAAAUGCAAAACUUUCCAUUCUAAAGGAUCAUGAUUUCUUAGAAAACCUGACCUUUGGAUGGGAUGGACCGUCUUGGAGACUCCUCACAGCCCUCAAGUUGUUAUGUCUUGAAGCAGAUGAAUUUACUUGCUGGAGGAGAACGCUGCUUGGUGAUUUAAUUUCAGCCAGAAACGAACAGCAGACUUUGAAUAUAACAGCAAAAAUAUGUCAUUUUUUAAUAGAGGAGACACAGCAUGUCCUUCUCCAGAUUUCCCAGUUGAAAAGGAACAAAGAGAACCUGAAAAAACACCUGGCUUUGGUAGAAGCACUACGCUUGGAAGAUCUGAAGAUACUACAAAAAUCAGCUGAGAUUCUUUGCAACUUGAAUAUGGCAACAACUUGACCCAUCUGGAGCU